GUUUCGAUUAACAGCGCAGUGGUGCUUGCUCCUGUGGCUCAUUCGGCCUCGCAGCUCUGAUUACCGAAUCUCCUUUCAUUUCAUUGUAGUGCGAUCCAAUUUCCGAGCUGCACGUUUAGGUGUGCGGAGGGCUGACGACAUGCAUCUGACGUUGGAAUUCGGCGGUGGGUUAGAGCUUCUAUUUGGGUCGCAGAAGAAGCACGAAGUGGAAGUCACUUCGCCUGAUGACCUUAAGGAGGUGACGAUGGAGUCGUUGCUUUCUUGGAUUAAGGAUAAUCUUAUAAAAGAAAGGCCAGAGAUGUUUGUGAAAGAGAGCUCAGUGCGACCAGGCGUGCUUGUUUUGAUCAAUGACAGCGACUGGGAGCUUUGUGGUCGACUGGAGACGGUGCUGGAAGAGAAUGAUGAAGUUAUAUUUAUUUCCACCUUACACGGUGGCUGAGCUCAUUGCUUCCAUUGUAAACAACACCUAAUCAUCAUUAAGUGGUGGAUAAUUUGUAUUAUAAAUAUAAUUUAAAACUCGAUUAGCAGAAUUAGCAUCAGCAACGAGUUAAUGCUCCUCUUUCGAUCCAGGGCUUGUAGUGUUGGAUGUAAGGUUGUAUCAAACAUUGUUAAGAUGGAAAUGAAGUGCGAGUUUAUCUCAGUUCAAUCUUACAUA